UGAGGCCGCGCAUGCGCAGCAGCUACACAGCCUGACAGCGGAUCCAGUGCAGCAUUCCCGUUUCCAAACGCACAGGAGCGCCGCUUUUUCCAUCGCGCUGCCCCAUCCAGACGUUCACACCGGUGGGAACACGCUGUUAAAAAACAAGCCCUCAAACAUGUCUGUGAGUAAUGACUUUGGAAACCCUUUAAGGAAAUUCAAACUCGUCUUUCUUGGAGAGCAAAGCGUGGGGAAGACUUCCCUGAUCACACGCUUCAUGUACGACAGCUUUGACAACACGUAUCAGGCAACAAUUGGAAUCGACUUCCUGUCAAAAACCAUGUAUUUGGAGGACAGAACGGUUCGGUUACAGUUAUGGGACACGGCAGGCCAGGAACGUUUCAGGAGCCUCAUUCCGAGCUAUAUAAGAGACUCCACCGUAGCUGUGGUGGUGUAUGACAUCACAAAUGUGAAUUCAUUCCAGCAAACUUCCAAAUGGAUCGAUGAUGUGAGAACGGAGAGAGGAAGUGAUGUCAUCAUCAUGCUGGUUGGCAAUAAAACCGAUCUGGCAGAUAAGAGGCAAAUCACGAUUGAAGAAGGCGAGCAGCGGGCCAAGGAGCUGAGUGUGAUGUUUAUCGAGACCAGUGCCAAGACAGGCUACAAUGUGAAACAGCUGUUUCGACGUGUGGCAGCUGCUCUUCCAGGAAUGGAGAGCAUGCAGGAGACAAGCAAAGAAGGCAUGAUUGACAUUAAAUUGGACAAACCACAGGAGCCUCCAACUACCGAGGGCGGAUGUUCCUGUUAAUCGCUCACAUCUGAUUUACAGCAUCAUCUACACCACAUGCUUGUUGUGUUGCUUCCUCUUGGUUAGCCUCCAGUUGUGCUUUCAGAUUGGAUAUUUGGCCUUCCCAUCUGACUUUAGUAACUGGUUGGAAUCAGUGUUACAUCAAUUUCAAUUGUAAAAUAGUAUACUUUAGUUACAAAAUUGCCAAAAAUCCUAAAAAUUCGAAAAGUAAAGGGCAAGAAUCAACAAAAAUGUAGACUAUGUCCAACAUUAUACUUUUUGAAAAUGUAGAGAGUUAGAUUCUUUUCUUUGUUUUGUAUUUUUGUAUACAAGGAUGAGCACUGAAACAGAUGCAUACAGAAAAAAUUCUAUAAUUUUGCCAUAAAAUAAGCAGGAUUUCAAAGGAAAGAGGGCAAUCCAAACAACUAAUAACCCACAGAAUAUGGAAAACAUGCAUGUUAGCCAUUUUAAAAAGUAUCAUCUCAAUCCUGCUGUCUACUGUGCACAAGAUUAUGUGAAUCUCGAUGCAUUUCAUGAAAUCAACUUAUUUUAGCCUUUUUUUCUUGCUGUGACAAAACUUGAAAUUUUAAGUUCGUGUAAAUGUGUCAUUUCAGAUCCCUUAAAACCUUUCCAAAUUAUGUGUGAUUUUUUUGCUAUGUUUAUGUACAGUUUGUGUCCUAAUUACACGGUUUAUUGAAUGUUUACAACAUAUUUUUUCUUUAGAAUUUCCUGUUCGGAAUGAAAGCAAACAGCUUGUGCAAACAACCUGAUAUCAAGAGAGGUGGAAUGUUUCUUAUUCUUUAAGUAAAUUAGCUCAUUUAGUGUAUUGCAGAUAGUCGGAAGACUAAAAACAUGACAGAAGCAAAUCAUGCAUCUAAACUAGGCCAUUCAUUUUUCAUUGAUUAGAAUAAUUCAUUUGCACGCUAGCAGUUUCCACACUGAUUCAUCAAACAGUCCAGUUCUAUUGUAAAUAUAUCAGCUGUCGUUUUCAAACAGGCUUUAAUAUCAGAAAUGCAAAGAUAGGACAUUCCUUCAAAAAAUAACUGUAGUUCACUUUUAAGAAUUAGCAUUAUGCAGCAUUAUAGUGUUUGCCUUGUGUAGGAACCCACUCAUGUCCACAGCUGCUCUUUGGGCCAGUAAAUUGUAGUGAACUGACCAGGGGGACACAGAUUGUGUAGUAUAUUAAUUUAUCUGAAAUGUAUUUAGUGUGAAUCCUUAAUGCACUUUUUCAAGAAAGGAAGAUGUAAAUGUUUCAAAAUUGCUGUCAAACGUCUCUGUCCUUGAAACCACUUUAGAGUUCAAACUGUAGCGUUCUUCUCUUGUGAAAGUCUCCCGAGGGUCGCUGUACAGAUAAAUUAUUUGUAAAGUUGCUUCACAUAACCCAGAUACGAGUCGCGACUAGCUAUUUGUGACGUCAAGGAAUUGUGAGUAGGAACACAUGACGUUAGCGCCCCCAAAAUGUAGAAAUGCCACAAUUUUCUUACUAAAUCCAGCAGAUUUUAGUUGGAAUGGAAGGUAAACUCCACUGAAUUGCAGCACAGUUUAACCCUUUUGCUUUCUAUUUUUGGAUCGUUUGAAACAUUAAAGGGAAAAUGAGAUCUGUCUGUGCCAAUGCUUACUCACAUCACCCAGAGCUUCGGAAAAAAGAUGUCACUUAACGGAAGCUGGAUGGGGUUAUUUAUUGGUUUUGUUUACAUUUCGUUUUCUGUCUUCUGAAAAGAGGUUCUCAUUUGAAUUUAAUAGGGUGCAGAUGUAUGAAAUCAUAUAGUCAGUGUACCUGUACUACCGGAAGUCAUUGUGAUUGACACCACGCUACAUCAGCCUUGGGUGAAUGUCUGUGCGUGAAUUAUGCUUUUAAGGGUGCAGCCAUUCCCUGUGUAUAUGUUUUAGCUCAGCGGAGCCAGCCUGAUUGAUUCAGAGCUAGCUUUACCAUUCACACUGUAUAGAAGUCUAGCAUGUUGGUCCAAAUCAGUAAAAUCAAUAAAAGUGUCUUAUUACCAAAAAAAAAA